GCUGAGCACCAACAACCAGGAAAUGAAAAUUUUGGAUGUGAAUCUCAAAACCUUUAUAUUCUGACCAAUUAUUGGCGAAUACUGUAGUUUAAACCGUUGAAUAGUCUGAUAAACCAGUACAGCUUAUCUUUGGUGUGAAAACUCACGAGAAAAACAUGGCAGAAGAACAACCUUCGGCGAUCCCUGAAACUCAAACUGAAAACUGCAACACAGACCAGGAGGAUGGCAUGAACCUGAUGAACCUGACUGACCUACCCGACCUGGUGUUAGUCAAGAUCAUGUCCUACCUAGGUUUCAACGAUCUUUACAGUGCUGCUUUAACCUGUCAGAGAAUGAAUGAGAUUAUGAACCAUCCAGCUGCUUGGUCCAAGAUCAGGAUGGACAUUCUUUCAGAUACUGAUUUGCAUAAUGAGAACUUCAAGACGUCAAGAUAUCUUGCGAUGACUGAGCGAUAUGGGGCAUAUUUCCAAGACCUGGAAUUCUACUACACUGGAUACUGUCAACCAAUAAACCUGGACAUCAAAGACUUGAUUGACAAACUGAAUUCGAAAUGCCGACUGAAAAGUUUAGUCAUAUCGGUGUAUUUUGUUGAGACUAAGCAAUUCAAUCAUGCAAAUUUCAAUGUGUACAGAUUGAAGGAGCAUUAUGAUGCAGUUUGUUCCUUGGUUUCAACGUGCGAGCGUUUGAAAUCCUUCAGUUUACGCAGCUGGCCUGCUCGUAAAGCGGAACCUGAUAAAAAUGAGAUUUUAGAAGCGCUUUGCGCAAAUGAGCAUAAUAAGAAGCUGAGGAAGCUGCACAUGUUUUGGCCCGAUAGAACGGAGAAGAAUUGGGUGGGUCUUCGGACAAAUCAGACCAAGAAGCAUGCACUUGUGGUUGUUGAGCACUUCACUGCCCUGACUCACUUGAGUCUCCCGUCCAAUAUGAUUAGCCAGGAUCUUCUAGAUCAGCUGGCGAAAGGCAAUAGAGCUCGGCUUGAGAACAUGAGAGUUCUGGUCGUCUUCUCAAACAGUGAUGAUAAUCUUCAGAUCCCUAGACUAUCUUGGGGACCGUUGCAUAGAGCUUGCCCCGAGUUAGAAGUUGAAGUUGUCUUCAACAGCCGGGUCCCAGAGUUUAACAUGGCGCAGAUGUUAAAGUCUGAAAUGCCUGUGAGUGUUUUGUAUUUCAUGAAGUAUGCUCGACUUGGUGCUGAUGAUAUCAAUGCCAUGGCUGUCAAAUAUCAAAAGACCCUGAAGAAGUUUAUAAGCUACUCUGAUGAUACUCUUGAUGCUGAUGUCGCUCUUCUUAGCCUUGUUGUGAACUGUACUCUUCUGCACACAUUAAUCUUUUACGGUCCGUUGAAUUUUAAAACAGUGAUGGAGUUGGCCGAGUCCAAGGGUAAGAAAUGGUAUCAGUUUGUCGUUAAGAAUGAUACAAUAGAUCUGAAGGCUAAGAAGCUCGAUCCAGAUCUAGUCCUAGGUUAUGAUGAUGCGACUGGGCAGUAUUACCAAGCUGAUAUGGUGCAGUGGGGGGACACGGAUAAAUCUCUGAAAGAAAAGGAAGAACGAUUCAAAGUGAUGGUUGAGUCUGUCACAGAGUCUAUCGGUCGUUCUUGGAAACCAUUUUCUGAGCCCAAAUCCACUUGAACCAUUUUAAGUACUCAUGUUUGAACAUGAAGGACACGUUGCCAAAAUAUUACUCUCAGUAUUAACGCCUUUAUGAAAAGUUUUUGAUAUAGCCUUUAGCUGUGAUAGCCUCUGUAAUGUCCACAAAAAUAAUAAGGUGUGAAACUUUUGGUGUUUACAGUAUGUGUGUGAUGUGUACAGUAAUACUCUAAUCUCCACAGUGAAGCAGGGAGAGUGCAAUAAGUUACUGUAGGACCAGACUGUUAAGAGGAAAAGCAUUUUGGAUUGUUUACAUUUUGAAAUACUAAUAAUUGUAUGUUCACGUACUGAACGUCCAUGCAGUGUUAAUCAUCAUCUUAAUCAUAGAUCUAGUCUUUGUAUGAACUUGACAAUCAUGACUGCUUGACAUGCCUUUUCACUUUGCACAAUAAAGUUAAUAUUGUUAACCUGAAGUAGUUUUAGAACCCAUGACCUUC